AUGUCUCUGAAAUUGGAUCAAGUAAUCAAGAAGUUUCAUGGUAACACAGCUACGGAGAGCUUUGAACGGUGGUAUCAGAAGUAUUGUCUGGCGGCUAAGAUCCAAGGUUGGUCGGAGGAACAACGGACUCAGUAUUUGCCCUUGUUCCUGGAAGAUGCAGCAUGGUCUGUCUAUGAUCAGCUGCCAAAGUCGGACAAGUCGGAUAUUAAUUGCCUUAUUAAGAAGUUGACUGCUGCCUUCUCUCCGACCCCAGCUGAUGCCUUUAUAGCAUUCCAGAGUAGACGUUUUGUUCAAGGUGAAUCUAUUGAUAAUUAUGUUUCUGACUUGAAACGUUACCUAACUCUAUCUG